AAAUAAGUGACACAUGACAAUAAUUGACUUUGAUUUAUUUCACAAGUUACAAACAACUUGUAAAACUAGUUUUACUAAAAUGAACACUCAGGAAAAUCCAACUAAGCUUUCAGUUUCUUUAUCAAAUUUAUUUAAACUAGGCAUUUUCGAGACAUUGUAUGCUAAAAGUAAUUCCAAUCCAGACUCAAAAUGUAAUUCUCCAAGAGAUCCUGUGGACAGGAGAGCGGGGGGUGACUCCCAGGUUCCUCAGAAAUGUGCGUGCACUGUACCCGACAGUACAAAGUGCACAGCUGGUGACCGGGGCAAGACAGGCGCCGGGGUGACUGGCUCUCGCACAGGCCGAGUGAGCGACAAAGACCCCGAGGACCUACCAGCCGGGGCAUCUAACCCUGGUCUCUUGAGAUACAUCCACAACGCUGCACGAUAUAGAUUGCCGCAAUGUUUCGAAGGCGCUUGCGUUUCGGUUAAACAGAAUUCUAAAAACAAUUGGAUUUUGGGUCAUUCGUUGUCGUUCAGUUCCGUGUCACCGGGAGGGUACAAGCUGCUGCUGUCCUACGUGGACAAGAGUAAGCCGAAAGGGCUGCCUUACUUCGUGAUGGAAGCGGCUCCGGGUGGGCAGAUGAGUUGCGAAGUGCGCGUGGGGCCCACGCAAGGCACGCGAGCCACCGUGGUGGCGCAGAUUGCCGAUGCUGAGUUCUAUAGUUUCGAGAGCAUCUUUGAUGCGUAUUUCAACAGUUUUACGGCUUCUAUUAUAGCCGUUAAUCGUGAAUUUAUAGCUCUACAUUUUCUUCAGGCAAUCACGGACCAGAUAUCGCUUGGCGCGGAGGUGGUGGCCCGCGGACACGCGGUGGAGCUGAGCUCUGCGUCGGGCGCGGGCCGCUGGGCCACCGAGGACCAGUCGCUGAGCGCCACGCUCGGCAACCGCGGCCUGGACCUGUGCUACGCGCGGGCUCUCAAGCCUUAUCUCACUGUUGCUGCUAUGCUAGAGGUGGGUUUCGCAAUCCGUCGUGCAGUGGCCACGCUAGCCUACGAGUGGCGAUCAGACGAGUGGACUGUUCGCGGCUCAGCCGACUCGGACGGCUUGGUGGGCGCCACGCUGCAGCGCGCUCUGGGCGGAAAACGCGCCCAACUGGCCUGUGCCAUCUCUGCCCUGCUCAACCACCCCAACGACAAGUUCCGACUCGGCUUUGGAAUCACCGCUGCUAUUAUUUAA